AUGUUCAGUGUUUUAAACAGAGGAUUAGCUGUCCGUUCAGGCAGUAUAUCGUUGCAAGCAGUGAGAACUUUUAUUCCUUUUAAAAAGGCAGAUAAACUACCAACUGUAUACGAACCAUUACCAAAGAAGAGACAUGGUGAAAGCGUUAUCCCAUAUUUGCAUAAACAAUUACUUCAAAAGUAUGAUCCAACUGGUAAAAGAAGAGCCCUUGUUGACCAAGACACUGGAGUACGUUCUGGAGAUAUUAUCAAGGUAACAUAUCUUGAUAGAACAAAUGUUACUGGGCAAGUUAUUGCUGUUAAGAGAUCUGUGAAUAGCGUGGGAACAAAUAUAUUGCUCAGAAAUAAGAUGAACAAAUUGGGUGUUGAAAUGAGAAUCCCUCUUUUUAAUCCUAACAUUAGAAAUAUUGAAGUUGUUCACAAGCCUAAGAAGUAUUUACCAAGAAGAAAGCAAUUCUACAUUAGAAACACUAAGUAUGAUGUUGGUGAUGUUGAAAAUUUCGUAAGAAAAGAAAUUAAAAAACAUAAAUAA